AAAAUUCCAGCAGUUGCCUUGCGCACGUCGAUCGUAACAGUUGUGUGCCCGUUGCCUGUGCCGUUAGCCGUGUUAAUAUCCGGUAUUAAUUGAGUGGAAUACAUUAGUAAAUAAACGAAAAGUCAUGUUGAAGUCAAUUGUUUUCUCCUGCCUUCUGGUAGCUUUCAGCGGCGUUCGCUGCAGUGAGCUGAAAGUGGAUGUGAUCAGUGUGCCCGAGAUUUGUGAUCAGAAAACGAAGAGCGGCGACUCACUGACCAUGCACUACACUGGCACACUCCUGGCCGAUGGCAAGAAGUUCGAUUCGAGCUUUGACCGCGACCAGCCCUUCACAUUCCAAUUGGGCGCCGGACAGGUGAUUAAGGGCUGGGACCAGGGUCUGCUCGAUAUGUGUGUCGGCGAGAAACGUAAGCUGACAAUUCCCCCAGAGCUGGGCUAUGGCGAUGCGGGUGCCGGCAAUGUGAUCCCACCGAAGGCUACACUGGUCUUUGACGUGGAGCUGAUCAACAUUGGCAAUGCCCCGCCCACCACGAAUGUGUUCAAGGAGAUCGAUGAGAACGCCGACAAGCAGCUGAGCCGCGAAGAGGUAAUCGUCUAUGUCAGCGAAUAUCUGAAGAAACAGAUGACCGCUGUGGAGGGUCAGGACUCUGAUGAGCUGAAGAAUAUGCUGCAGGAGAACGAUAAACUGGUCGAGGAGAUCUUCCAGCAUGAGGAUAAGGACAAGAAUGGUUUCAUCUCGCACGACGAGUUCUCGGGUCCCAAGCAUGAUGAGCUGUAAGUCUGCGGCUAGGACAAGUGCUUAAGUUAUAAUCUAUCUAUAACUAUCUAUGUAUAAAUACCAAUACCAAUACAACAACAACAACAACAGCGACACCAACAGCAAUAUCAACUAAAGCAACACGCGACACAUGAACAUGAGACAACAUCAACCACAACAACAUAUUCCAAAAAAACAUAAACAAAAACAAUGAAAGAACGAGUGGACUGACGCCCCUUCAAUUACCCCCUCAAAUGCUGGGGCGCUUUUAGUGUUUUUUGCCCGCCCUUCAAGAGAAAAACAAAACAAAACUAUAUGAAAUUAUUUUUGUUGGCAACAUCAUUCAUAUUUGUAUAUACUACUACACCAUAUAUAUACAUAUAUAUAUAUACAUAUAGACAUAUAGUAUAUGCAUAAAUAUAGAAUGUUAAGCGAUUUAUUGUAACAACUCUUCCACUUCGAUUCUGUGCUCCGGUUUGGUUUCCUCUCCUCACACAUACACACACACACGCAACAACAACUGGACGAAUGCUCAAUGCCCUUCUAGACGGUAGUUUAAGCUAACUGAAGGGCCGAAUUGGCGUUGAAUGAUUUUUAUAUACAUUUAUAGGUUGUUAUAUUCAAGUUUGUAACUUAUUUGUGUAACGUUGUGUCUGCCAAUUAAACAUUUUUUUACAAAUUGUG